AUGGAGAAGAUGGGACGGAGAAGGUGGGAAGGAGGAGGUGGGAUGGAGGAGGUGGGAUGGAGAAGGUGGGAUGGAGGAGGUGGGAUGGAGGAGGUGGGAUGGAGGAGGUGGGAUGGAGGAGGUGGGAUGGAGGAGGUGGGAUGGAGGAGGUGGGAUGGAGGAGGUGGGAUGGAGAAGGUGGGAUGGAGGAGGUGGGAUGGAGGAGGUGGGAUGGAGGAGGUGGGAUGGAGAAGGUGGGAUGGAGGAGGUGGGAUGGAGGAGGUGGGAUGGAGGAGGUGGGAUGGAGGAGGUGGGAUGGAGAAGGUGGGAUGGAGGAGGUGUGAUGGAGGAGGUGGGAUGGAGGAGGUGGGAUGGAGAAGGUGUGAUGGAGGAGGUGUGAUGGAGAAGGUGUGGUGGAGGAGGUGUGAUGGAGGAGUUGGGAUGGAGGAGGUGGGAUGGAGGAGGUGGGAUGGAGGUUGGAUGGAGGAGGGAUGGAGAAGGUGGGAUGGAGAAGGUGGGAUGGAGGAGGAGGGAUGGAGGAGGAGGGAUGGAGGAGGUGGGAUGGAGAAGGAGGGAUGGAGAAGGUGGGAUGGAGGAGGUGGGAUGGAGGAGGAGGGAUGGAGGAGGGAUGGAGGAGGAGGGAUGGAGGAGGAAGGAUGGAGGAGGUGGGAUGGAGGAGGUGGGAUGGAGGAGGUGGGAUGGAGAAGGUGGGAUGGAGGAGGUGGGAUGGAGGAGGUGUGA